UCGGAAGAUGAUCGGAGGUCGAGAUCAAGAUCGAAGUCAGAAAAGUCAAAAUCAAAAUCGAAUUCGUCGUCCGUCUUGAGUUCGGAGGAUUUGAGUCCUCUGCGUCCUCCCAUUGCAGUGGAAGACGUUGGUUUCUCUUCCAUUCAGCUCAGGCCGAUCAAUGUCCCAUUUCGAAGGAAUUCAUCUUCAGUGACACCUGAAGAGCACCAGAAGAGUAAUGGGAUUUCAGCUAUUCCAAAUACCCAAUUUACAAAGAAAAUCUCCAACGAGAGCUUCAGAAGCACCUAUUCUGGAUUUUCAAGAAGAGUUCCAUCACCAGAAACCGUUACUUGUGAACCCAUUUCGUAUCAAAGGACUAAGAUGUUCGUAGAUACUGUAGAAGACACUAGUGAUUCUCCUCGUUCUGCAAUCUCUUCAAUCUGUAAAGAACCAGAAGGAAAAUUAUGUACAGUUCUAGACAAAGAGUUGGAUGAACAAGAAGAAGAAGAUGAGGUUAUGAGCUCUUAUGUUAUUGAGAUCAGUACUACUUCUGACAAGAUGGAAGAGACAAAUGGGAUUGUUGAUGAAGCCAUUGCAUGGGCUAGAGAGAAGUUUUUGGCACACAGCUUAGAGGAGUUGGAUGGUGAAGAUGAUCAGAGAAACAGAGACGACUAUGCAGAGAAGGAAGAAAGUCGAAUCAAAUUGGAUCAAAGAAUAAUGGAUCCAGCUGAACGAAUGCAAUUUCUUACAGCUUUUGAAGGACCUAAGAAAUGGACAGUGGGAGAGGGAAAACAACAAUCAAAAAAAGAUGUAAGGUUCCUUUGAUAAUUCUACAUGUGUGGGUUGGAUUUUUGAGAGUAGUAGUAUAUAUGAGUGUAUGUUUGGAUAUGGCGGGAAAAAGUGUGUUUUUGAAUUUUCAUAUGUAAAAUUAAUGGGUUUAAUUUUUUGUGUUGCUUCAGGGUUUUGUAUAUUUAUUGUUAUUCCAACAGAACAAGUGAAGUGACCUAUUUAUCCCUUCAGGGUCACUAUUUCAGUCCUCACAAAAAUAGAGAGAUGUUUUCAA